AUAUGUUUGUUGUGAAUAUUUAUUUUUGUGGUUCGCCGUCUAUAAAAAAACCGUCGAAGGAACCGUUACUUCUCAAUCUCAACACUCCCUCCCCAUCUUGUUUCUCUAUUCUCUCAUCUCAUCUCUUCUCUCUCCAUCUCUUUCUUUCCCCUCUUCUCUCUCAAUAUAUUAUUGAAACGAAACGAAUCAUUUGCGAUCUCUUUGGUACAUUUCAAGUUUGAUCUUUUGCCUAAUUUUCAUUUGAUCACCUUCGAUAGAUUUUGAAUUAGUUCACUGUACGAUCCAUUUACAAAGAUGUUCGUGAAGAAGCUGGUCGAGAAAGCAGCGAAGAAGCCUGGAGGAAGCUCAUCAGAAGGAUUAAGAGCUAAUGACGUUGAGCCACGUAUCGUAUUACACUAUGGAAUCCCAUCAGCAGCUCACUUGUUUGCUUAUGAUCCGGUUCAGAAGAUCCUCGCAGUCUCCACCAAGUAAAGAGCUGGAUGGUAGAAUCAAGUUGUUUGGGAAAGAUCAGACUCAGGCUUUACUAGUGUCAGAAGAAGCAUCCACAAGCAAGUUUCUUGAGUUUGUUCAGAACCAAGGAGUUCUUCUCAAUGUGAACUCCAAGAAUCAGAUUGAAAUUUGGGACUUAGAGAAGAAGUUUCUAUCUCAUGUUCAUGUUUUCAACGACGAGAUAACAUAUCUCAGGGUUGUGCAACAUACACCUUACUUUUAUGUCGGAGACUCUUCUGGUAAUGUAUCAGUGUUGAAGAUUGAUCAAGACUCUAAUCAAGUGAUACAAAUGGACUACACUAUACCUUAUCUUGCAUCAAAUGGCUCACCAGUUGAAGCCACUGAUGAUACUUCAGUUGUGAGCAUUCUACCACAGCCAACAGCCGAAACCAAAAGGAUCCUACUGGUGUUUAGUAGCGGGUUCAUCACGUUAUGGGACAUCAAAGAAAGCAAACCGGUUCUCAAAACAGGAGGCAACGGUAUUAUGUUAAAGCAGGAAGCAAAGAAAGCCACCUGUGCUUGUUGGGUUUGCCCUUCAGGAAGCAAAGUAGCGGUUGGAUACAGCAACGGAGACAUUCUAAUAUGGAGCACGACAGAGACUUCUUCCACGGUCUGCAAGCUGAACCUCGGAUACAAAGCCGAGAAGACACCUAUAGCUUCUCUAAAAUGGGUCUACGCUGAAGGGAAAGCAAGCAGAGUUUACGCCACCGGAUCAUCCUCAAACUCCUUGCAGGUGGUUUUACUCAACGACCAAACCGAAGUAAAGAUGGUUAAGCUGGGGCUUCACGUCUCUGAGACUUGUCUUACCAUGGAGAUGAUUGUAGCUGAUGGUAAACAGGACUCUCUACUGCUUGUUCUUGGAAAGUCUGGACGUUUGUAUGCUUACGAUGAUCACAUGAUCGAGAAGUAUCUAAUCCAAUCUCAAUCAAAAUCACCUCCUUCUCUCCCUAAGGAGAGUCUGGUCAAGCUUCCGUUUUCAGAUUCUUGCGGUGGUGGUGUCACAGUAGGAAAGUUCCUCACAAACCCUUCACACCACCUGCUGAACCUCUCUGACGAGGAUUAUGCUCAGCUUGCGAGAGAUGCUGGUGCAGUACCGUUUCUUCCUUCUCAGAUAUCUCCAAAGGAAGGUUACUUCCCUGGUUUCACAAAGGUUAAGAAUGUUUACAUCACUGGACAUAGUGAUGGAACCAUUGGUGUGUGGGACAUGUCCUGUCCUUUUCUCAUUCCUCUCUUGUUCCUGAAAGAACAGCAGGGUGAUACUGCUGCAUUGAUGGCUUUGCAUUUCGACAGCAACGCAAGGCUUCUUGCCUCUGGUGAUCAGAACGGAAUGGUUCGUCUUUAUAGGUUCAAACCUGAGCCAUACGUGACAGAAAACAGUUUCAUCCCUUUCCAAGGAAGCUCAAAGAAAGGGAAUAACCAUAUUGUUCAUAGUGUUAAGUACAUAAAGCUCACUGGCUCCAUAACCUGUAUCCAGAAAAGCCAAAACCCCAAGCAUCUUGUUGUUGGAUCAGAUCAAGGACAUGUUUCUCUGGUUGACAUUGAGGAAGCAACUGUGUUAUACACAAAACACAUUGCUAGCGACAUCUGUCCAGGGAUCACCUCCUUGCAGUUUGAGAGCUGCAGUGUGCAAGGCUUCGAGAAGAAUGUGUUGGUGGUUGCUAUGAGGGAUUCGUCUGUUUUUGGUUUGGAUAGUGACACAGGAAACAUGAUUGGAACCAACAUGAUUAAGCCCAAAAAGCCAUUCAAAGCUCUGUUCAUGCAGAUUCUAGAUGGAAAACAAGACUCUUCAGCAAAUGGGGAGAGCAUAGUUGAGGAUGUUUCGACAAGGCAGCCUUUGGUUUUGCUUUGUUCUGAGAAAGCUAUAUACAUCUACUCAUUGUCUCAAGUUGUCCAGGGAGUGAAGAAGGUUCUUCACAAGAAGAAGUUUAGUUCUCCAUUUAUUUGCUCAGCUUCUACCUUCUAUGGAACCACCUCUGGUGUUGUUGGUCUAACACUUGUUUUCUCUGAUGGAACUGUUGAGAUAAGGUCUUUGCCAGAACUCUCUCUUCUAAAACAAAUCUCUAUCAGAGGCUUCACAUACUCUUCACCAAAACAAAACUCAUUACCAGAGAUUACCAUAUCUGCCUCAUGUGAUGGAGAUCUUGUCAUGGUGAAUGGAGAUAACGAACUUAUUGUCAGCUCAGUCUUACCUCACAAGGAAACAUUUAGGCUAGUGGAGUCUUUGAGCAGAGUUUACAAGAAAGAUAACCCGGUUUGUCACGAUGGAAUCAUUGCUGCAUCAGCGGUUGCGUCAUCUCCAAAGGAAAAGAAGGGUAUGUUUGGUUCUGUGUUCAAGACUAAACCCAAGCGUGCAGCUGAGACAGAAACAACAGAAAGCACCAAGGAAACUAUUGAGGAGAUUUCUAAGAUCUUCACCACAGCUAAUUUCCCUUGGAACAACGACAACAACAACGUUGAGCAUAGUAGUAGAGAGAGCAGUACGGUGGUUACUAGAGUUGACGAUGAAGAAGAGUUGGACAUAGAUGACAUUGACAUCGAGGAUGAUGAUCAUCAGCAAGAGCAGCCUAAAGAACAAGGGAUAUUGUCAGGGAUUAGUAAACAGAAGCUGGCGAGUAAGUUCACGAGCUUCAAAGGUAAGCUGAAGCAGAUGACGGCUAAGAAUAAUGAGAAGAGUGUUGUGACCAAUGAAGAGAAACAUGAGGAGAAGAGUGGUGCCACGGUUGACCAGAUCAAGAAGAAGUACGGUUUUGCUUCGUCCGAGGAAAUGGGUGCUGCCAAAAUGGCUCAGAGCAAACUUCAAGACAACCUGAAGAAGCUACAGGGAAUCAGCAUGAAGACGACAGAGAUGGAAGAUACUGCAAAGUCUUUCUCCUCUACGGCUAAGGAACUGUUGAAUGCUGUGGAGUUCAACAAACAGAGCAGUUCAAAAUCAUAGCACUAUGUUGAUUUCUUUGUUUGAAUUAAUAUUUGUUUCAACACAAUUAAUUAUCUUAAAGAACUCAGAAUGUGAUUUGUUGUUGUAGAUAGCUUCUCUAAAAGUUUUAUACUGACACUUUCGAUGAGCUUUUCAAA